GCGGAACAACAGUUAGUUGAUUGCGCCCAGGCUUUUAACAACCAUGGCUGCAGUGGGGGUCUGCCAAGCCAAGCCUUCGAAUACAUAUUGUAUAACAAAGGGCUCAUGGGGGAGGAUGCCUACCCGUACCGGGCCGAGAACGGCACCUGCAAGUUCCAGCCGGAGAAGGCUGUAGCGUUUGUCAAGGAUGUUAUCAAUAUCACGCAGUAUGAUGAGAAUGGCAUGGUGGAAGCUGUGGGGAAGCACAACCCGGUGAGCUUUGCGUUUGAGGUGACGGGUGACUUCAUGCACUACAGAAAAGGUGUCUAUUCAAACCCACGAUGUGAGCACACUCCUGACAAGGUGAACCACGCUGUCCUCGCUGUGGGGUACGGAGAAGAAAACGGGACCCCUUACUGGAUUGUGAAGAACUCCUGGGGCCGGCUGUGGGGCAUGGAUGGGUACUUCCUUAUUGAACGGGGCAAGAAUAUGUGUGGUCUUGCUGCUUGUGCAUCUUACCCGGUUCCUCAGGUGUAA